AUGAUGUCCUCCACAAACGAGGGCGAGGACCCCUUUCUCCAGGUCCAACAAGAUGUCCUCGCCCAGAUGUCGUCGACGCGACCGCUCUUCGCCUCCUACCUCCGCAUCCGCUCCCUCUCCACCGCCGCCGCAUCCUCCUCGCCCGAGCUCGCCUCGGCCCGCUCCGACCUCGAGUCCGCCCUGUCCGCCCUCGCCGAGGACCUCGCCGAUCUCGUUGCCUCGGUCCAGGCCGUCGAGUCCAGCCCCGCCCAGUACGGCCUCUCCGCCGACGAGGUCGUCCGCCGCAAGCGCCUUGUCCAGGAGGUCAGCGGCGAGAUCGACGACAUGCGCGACGAGCUCGCAAGCAAGCUCCACGACGCCCGCCGCGGCGACCUGCCCGACCCCGGCUCCUUUGCCAUGGCCGACGGCGACGACGACUAUACCCAGUUUGAGCAGCAGCAGCAGGUGGAGACGAUGCGCGAGCAGGACCAGCAUCUCGACGGCGUCUUUCAGACCGUCGGCAAUUUGCGCCGCCAGGCAGACGACAUGGGCCGCGAGCUCGCAGAGCAGCACGAGAUGCUCGAGCUCGUCGACCACGCCGCCGACCGCGUGGGAAGCCGCCUGCAGAAUGGCAUGCAGAAGCUACAGUACGUCAUGCGCCAGAACGAAGACAGAUGGAGCAGCUGCUGCAUCGGGGUUCUCAUCUUCGUCCUGAUCCUGCUCCUGAUCCUGCUCCUGAUAUUAUAG